AUGGUGACAUUGCCAGACGGCACCAGACUCCCCUGUACAGGUCUGAGAACCACAGGGCAAUACCUCCUCCAGUCUGUGGAAGAACAGUAUGCGGACUUCUGCUGGACUCUGUUGCAACCUGAAAUGCCUGAGCAAAACGGCAUCCUCUCGGCCUUCCUGCAGUGGAAACCCUGGAUCUCACUGCUCGAACCCUACAUCUCUCCUCCUGACCCAGCCCACGUGAUCCUCUUCUAUCACAGACUGCAAACUGAGUGGUAUCAAGACGGGUUCCAAGAACAGCUACAAGUAUGGAACACCCCUAUCCUGCUAGUAGAAAAGAAAGGGACAGGUAAAUACAGAAUGGCACACGACCUCAGAGCCACUAAUAACAUCCUUUCUACUACUACGGUGCCUGUGCCUAAUCCAUAUGUGACUCUGACUCAUCUGGAUUCAUCUCAUUCAUGGUUUACAUGCAUUGAUCUGGCUAAUGCAUUCUUUUGUCUCCCAUUAGCACAAGAGCGCUGUGACAUUUUUUCAUUUACCUACAAGGGUCGACAGCUGGGGUACACCAGGCUACCACAAGGGUUCACACUGUCACCAGGGCUGUUGAAUCAGGUCUUCAAAUAGGCUUUAAGUGACUGCAUUCUGCCAGACAACACCACACUCAUUCAGUAUGUAGAUGGUCUCCUCCUGGCAGCACGCACAGCUACUGUCUGUCUUACAGCAACCAGCUCUGUCCUGCAACACUUAGCCAGAAAAGGGUUUAAGGUAAGUAAAGCCAAAUUACAGGUAGCUCGGAAACAGGUUUCUUUCCUAGGCAGAAGAAAACGCUCUGGAAAGCCCGAGGAGCUACGGAGGUGGGAGGACUGUGGAGGGGUCCGGAUGGACGUCUUAUUCUACCCCAGGGAUGAGAAAAACAGCGCUAGAGGAGGCGCAUGGAGUAGGACAUGUGGGAGCGGCACAGAUGCUGAGAAACCUGGAGAACUAGUGGCAUCCUCACUUGAAAGAUAUGGUAAAACACUGGGGAAAGAAAUUAUCAUAGAUUAUACAGAUAUGAUAACCACAGUGAGAGGUAUGGGUAUGUUGAUGUGUGUGGAUGUGUAUACAGAGUGGCCGGAGGCGUGGCCAGCAAAAAGGGAGCAUAACAAGUCGGUGAUUAAGUUUCUGAUUAAUCACUACAUUCCCCGACAUGGGUUCCCAGAGAAAAUUCAAUCAGACAAUGGGACUCACUUCAAAAAGCAAGACCUCCAGCAGGUGGAGGUAAUGCUCGGGCUGACACAUUCAUUUGGCAUGGUAAACCACCCGCAAUCACAGGGCAAGGUUGAAAGGAUGAACAAGCACAAAUUGGCAAAAAUAUGUGCACAGACUAACCUGACCUGGCUAGAUGCCCUACCCCUGGUGCUCAUGUCCAUUCGAAGCUCCAUUAACCAGAGCACAGGGUUCUCUCCUCAUGAGCUACAAACAGGGAGAGCUUUUCCAGGUCCCAUGACAAAGUUAAUUGGGAUUGGUGAUGACAAACAAAGCUUUCGGUCCAGCUUUUGCCAAACAGGUCACGGACCGACAUGAGGGGCGCACAAGGCUUCAUCACCAGAGGUGAAUUGGGUCCUGUUGUUGGUAGUUAAACGCAAGUGGUCGGAGCCGAGGUGGACUGGACCAUUUCAGGUGAUGGAGACAACCUUGCAUGCAGUCCGACUGAAGGGUAAAGGAGACACCUGGUACAACUGGAGCCAGUGUGCAGCAGCGGUCCCUCUUCGAGGUCCACAAGGACCUCCAGGCAGCAAACACUGACCCAACUGGGUCAGGCGUGAGUCACACACACAAAGGGGCAGAAUAAUCCCCGUGUGCUGACUAGGUGACAGGACAGUCUACCCCUGGCACUGAAGAACAGAAGAGAAGACAUCACGGGAGGAGGUGAAAUAGCGCUCCUCUCCUGCAUGU